AGAGUCCAGCAGAAGACAAGGAGCUGAUUGGUCACCAUGAAGUUCUUUGCCCUGUUUUUUGCAGCUGGGCUGCUGGGAGCUGCUUCCUCCAUAGAAAAAGGACACAUUGUUGGUGGCUACAUAUGCCCAGCUCAUUCAGUGCCUUGGCAGGUCCGCUUGGGCCGUUGUGGAGGGUCAUUGAUCAACGAGUGGUGGGUUAUAUCUGCGGCUCACUGCUAUGCUCCGGCCGAAACACUUGUUGCCCGUCUGGGUAAACAUAACCUGUCACGAUAUGAAGUCACUGAGCAGAACCUGAAAGUGGCCAAGGUCAUCCGACACUCCAAUUACAAUUAUAAAACCUCUGAGAAUGACAUCAUGUUGGUCAAACUGGCUCAGAAAGCUCGAAUUAACAAGUACGUCCGCCUGAUCCGGCUGCCUACCCACUGCCCUGCUCCUGGGAAGAAGUGCCUGGUUUCUGGAUGGGGGAAAACACAUCCCUACCAAGAUAUAUAUUCCAAUGUCCUGAAGUGCCUUCAAGAGUUCAUCUUCCCUAAUAAGCCAUGCACGAGGUACUUCCCCUACAGAAACGACAGCAUCUCCUUCAACAGCAAGAGCAUGUUGUGUGCCAGCUCCAACAGAAUUGGACACAGCAGCUGUAGCGGAGAUUCAGGAGGCCCCUUGGUGUGCAACGGGCUGCUGGAGGGGAUUGUCUCCUGGGGCUACCGCGAAUGUGGCGUGAAAGACUACCCCAGUGUCUACACCAAAGUGUGCAAAUACAUAUCCUGGAUACGCAGAAUAAUAUCUUCGUAUUAGAUGUGAGACUGCGCUCAGGGCUGAGUGACAGGAGGCAGAACCUUAAUAAAACUCCUUUUAACAAUACCAGCAGAAGCUGGGGAUCUGUUGAUAAGCAGAGUAACUCUCGAAUGCUGUCGCUUGCUAAGCAAAAGCAGAUAGGAUAGGAUCAGGAGGGAGGAAUCUUUGACCAUUUCAGGAGCCUGCAGUUGUUGGCAGGACCAAUACUCCACCCCCUCCAGCUUUUGAGCUGAAGCAGUUUUUCUUUUAUUUGUGCAAUUCUCACAAUCUGCCCUUGUGGCGCAAUUGAAACUAUCGAGUAUGUUCUUCUGACUUGCUCCCCCUUUACAGAGAAUUACAUCUGUGAUUCCUUUUGCAGAGAAUUCUCUGUAAUGUCAGAAGAACAUGGUAGUCGCUUAUUGCUCCAUUCAUAACUUCAUACCCUGGAUAUUUGAAGCUUCCUAUGUUCAGAGUAACAUUACCUUCUGGUUUAAAUUUGGAAAUCUAGAAUAAAGUUGAGAAAUUCAGUGCUGCAGUCAGUAAGGUUAGACAAGAUAUGCUUAAAUUGGGUACUACUGAUUAGCUGGAUGUUAUCAAUUAGCUUGAUUUUUUCCCCCUUCUUAUGUCAAGUUACACUGAUGUGUAUACUCUGUGUGAAUCUUGCUUGCUUGCUUUUUUCCUGGUCAUGUACUAAAAUAAAGUUUUGAGUUCAGUUCAA